AGCUGGUGCAUCCGUAUGGUCUCCAGCCCGUGGUUCGAGAGGAUUAGCAUCAUGGUGAUCCUGCUCAACUGUGUGACACUGGGCAUGUACCAGCCCUGUGAGAACAUCGACUGUACCUCGGACCGCUGCCAGAUACUGCAGGCCUUUGAUGCAUUCAUCUACAUCUUCUUUGCAUUGGAGAUGGUGGUAAAGAUGGUGGCUCUUGGGAUCUUUGGCCGACGCUGUUACCUGGGAGACACCUGGAACAGGCUGGACUUCUUCAUCGUCAUGGCUGGGAUGGUAGAGUACUCACUGGACCUGCAGAAUAUUAACCUGUCGGCCAUUCGGACGGUUCGGGUCCUCCGGCCUCUCAAAGCCAUCAACAGAGUGCCAAGUAUGCGAAUUCUGGUGAACCUGCUACUAGACACUCUACCCAUGCUGGGCAAUGUGCUGCUGCUCUGCUUCUUCGUCUUCUUCAUCUUCGGCAUCAUCGGCGUGCAGCUGUGGGCGGGGCUACUGAGGAACCGCUGCUAUCCUGAGGAGAACUUCACCCUAUCUUCAGGUAUGACACUGCCAGCUCCGUACUAUCAGCCGGAGGAAGACGAUGAGCGCCCCUUCAUCUGCUCCCUGGCGUCUGAUAAUGGCAUCAUGUCAUGUACUGAUGUGCCUGCGAGGCGCGAAGGAGGGCGCACAUGCUGCCUGGACAAGGAGGACGCGCUCCACAGACAGGCUCUGGGCCUGAGUCCGGAGCCACUGGCUAAUGGGAGUGGUGCUGGUGAAGCAAUGGGUCUGUGCAUCAACUGGAACCAGUAUUACACCCGCUGCCACACAGGGAAUAGUAACCCCCACAAAGGUGCCAUCAACUUUGACAACAUUGUCUACGCCUGGAUUGUAAUUUUUCAGGUGAUCACGCUGGAAGGCUGGGUAGAGAUCAUGUAUUAUGUUAUGGAUGCCCAUUCCUUCUACAACUUCAUCUACUUCAUCUUACUCAUCAUUAUUGGUUCAUUCUUCAUGAUCAACCUGUGCCUGGUGGUUAUCGCCACCCAGUUCUCCGAGACCAAACAGCGGGAACACCAGCUGAUGCAGGAGCAAAGGGCGCAGUGCCUGUCCUCCUCAACCCUGGCCAGCAUGGCUGAGCCGGGAGAUUGCUAUGAGGAGAUCUUCCAGCUGGUCUGCCAUGUCCUCCGCAAAGCUAAGAGGAGAUCGGCAGCUCUCUACUACACGCUGAGGGGCAAGCCCCCGCCACCUGGUGGAGGCAGGGGUAACAGGCGCGCUGGAGGGAAUGUGAACGGAGAGCGGCAUCAUUCGAGACACCCAAGAUCAUCCCAUUGUCCGCAUCAAAACAAGCAAGACCACGGCUCUCAGCCACUAGCCAACUCAAUCAGUCUGUCUGUCCCUCAAAAUCCCGAGGACUGCCCUAUAUGUAAACUGUCGCUGAAAGAGGGGGCAAGAGCUGUGGGAGAUUCUGCCAACGAGGAGGAAGAUGAGGAGGAUGCUGUGAAAGAGACGGGCAAGGAGGAGAACCACUUAGAGGAGAGAGGAGAUGGGGAGAGGAAGAGGAAGAGGUCAUGCUUCGGACAAUGUAGGGACAUUUGGAAUGACAUGAGGAGGAAACUCUGGGGCAUUGUGGAGAGCAAGUACUUCAGCAGGGGCAUUAUGAUCGCUAUUCUCAUCAACACCAUCAGUAUGGGCAUCGAGCAUCACAACCAGCCUGAAGAGCUGACCAACGUCCUGGAGAUCUGCAACAUUGUCUUCACCAGCAUGUUCACACUGGAGAUGAUUCUCAAGCUGACUGCUUUUGGCUUCUUCGAGUACCUGAGGAACCCCUAUAACAUCUUUGAUGGCAUCAUCGUCAUCAUUAGUGUGUGUGAGAUAAUCGGCCAGGCAGACGGCGGUCUGUCGGUGCUGAGGACCUUCAGGCUGCUGAGGGUCAUUAAACUGGUGAGGUUCAUGCCUGCGCUGAGGCGGCAGCUGGUGGUGCUGAUGAAGACGAUGGACAACGUGGCCACUUUCUGCAUGCUGCUCAUGCUCUUCAUCUUCAUAUUCAGUAUCUUGGGGAUGCAUAUAUUUGGUUGUAAGUUCAGUCUGAAGACAGAGGCAGGAGACACAGUGCCCGACAGGAAGAACUUUGACUCCCUGCUCUGGGCAAUCGUUACUGUCUUUCAGAUUCUGACUCAGGAGGACUGGAACAUGGUGCUGUACAAUGGCAUGGCCUCCACAUCGCCCUGUGCUGCUCUCUAUUUUGUGGCUCUUAUGACAUUUGGAAACUAUGUGCUCUUCAAUUUACUGGUUGCCAUCUUGGUCGAGGGUUUCCAAGCUGAGGGUGAUGCAAACCGCUCUUACUCAGAUGAUGACAGGUCUUCCUGUAAUUUCGAGGAGAAUGAUAAACAGAAAGACUCUCUGCAUCUCUCAGAUCCAAAGAUCUGUACACUGACCCCAAAUGGGCACUUGGACUUGUCCUCGCUGCCUGCUGGUCUGUUUCCAGGAGAGAGGUUAACCUUUGCUCUUGGCUCCAGGAAGAACAGUGUUAUUUCUCUUGGCAGGGCCAAUCUGGAGCAGAGGGCUGUGUAUCCAGGUCGGGGUUACCACAACUGGGGACGCCCAGUGUCUCCCCAGCCUCAGGCCUUGUGGGCCCGUCGUUCCAGCUGGAACAGCCUGGGAGGCGGCCGCCCCUGUUCUUCCUCAUCUCCCUCCGCUAGUCCAGCCUUCAACCCCACCUCUGCAAGGCCCUUCUAUGGCUACGGCCUGGGUAGUUUGGGAGGAGUGGUUGGAGGAAGCCUUCGUAUCCGUGGUCCCCGAGCCUCCUCAUCCCCGCACCGGCACCUCCACCAUGUCCACCCAGACGAGGAGGAGUCUCUUCUCUCCCCUCCUGCUGUUGCUCCUCCUGUCACCCAGCUCCACCUUCCCCAUCCGAUGCUCCCAGGUCACUUUGUUCCCAGGAGAGACCGCAGAGCUCUAUCACUAGAGCUGCCCCACCUGCUGCAGGUCCCAGGACCUCCACACCCUCCACCACCGCCACAUCACCCACUUCCCCCCAUGACGCUCCAUGCUCACCACAGGAAGAAGAGCUUCUCUGGGGGGGUGGUAAUCAGUGGUGGAGGUGGUGGCGGUGGACUCGACAGUCUGGGUGUCUUAGGAGGGGUCCACCAAGACUGUAAUGGAAAGACUCCACUGUCUCAGCUUCUCCAGCCCCCUCCUAGACAACAUAAUGAACAGGCUGGAGGGGCGAACCCUCAGAGCCAACUGAUGGCUGACGUCUUCCCUCAAGUUAACGCACGAAGCAAGGACCGGGAGGACCUGGAUGAUGACAUUGAAUAUAGCUUGUGCUUCCGCAUCCAGAAGAUGUUAGAAGCGUAUAGACCCGACUGGUGUGAGACCAGAGAGGAUUGGUCUGUCUUCCUAUUCUCACCACAGAACAAGUUCAGACAGAUGUGCCAGUCCAUCAUAGCUCAUAAGCUGUUUGACUAUGUGGUGCUGGCCUUCAUCUUCUCCAACUGCAUCACAGUAGCUCUGGAGAGGCCCAAGAUAUUACAGGGCAGCUUGGAAAGAGUCUUUCUAACCAUCUCCAACUACAUCUUUACUGCCAUCUUUGUGGGCGAGAUGACACUCAAGGUGGUUUCCAUGGGUCUGUAUGUAGGAGAACAGGCUUAUCUGCGGAGCAGCUGGAACGUUCUGGAUGGCUUCUUGGUUUUUGUGUCUUUGAUUGACAUUGUUGUGUCAAUGGCGGGUGGGGCCAAGAUCCUGGGGGUGCUUAGAGUACUCAGGCUGCUCAGAACAUUGCGCCCCCUCAGGGUGAUUAGCAGAGCUCCUGGUCUGAAGCUGGUGGUGGAGACCCUCAUCACUUCUCUCAAACCCAUCGGCAACAUUGUCCUCAUCUGCUGUGCUUUCUUCAUCAUCUUUGGCAUUCUUGGGGUACAGCUGUUUAAAGGCAAGUUCUUCUACUGCUUGGGCCCUGAUGUCAAAAACAUCACCAACAAGUCUGACUGUCUCCAAGCCAACUACAAGUGGGUUCACCAUAAGUACAACUUUGACAACCUGGGACAGGCUCUGAUGUCCCUGUUUGUACUCGCCUCCAAGGAUGGCUGGGUUAACAUCAUGUAUCACGGCCUGGAUGCUGUGGCUGUGGACCAACAGCCGGUGAUCAACAACAACCCAUGGAUGCUGCUGUAUUUCAUCUCCUUCCUUCUCAUCGUCAGCUUCUUCGUCCUCAACAUGUUCGUUGGCGUGGUGGUGGAGAACUUCCACAAGUGCCGCCAGCACCAGGAGGUGGAGGAGGCCAAGAGACGAGAGGAGAAGCGUCAGCGGCGCAUGGAAAAGAAGAGGAGGAAAGCCCAGAAGCUGCCCUACUAUUCCAGCUAUGGCCACAUGCGCCUGAUGAUCCACACACUGUGCACAAACCACUACCUGGACCUCAUCAUCACUUUCAUCAUCUGCAUCAACGUCAUCACCAUGUCCCUAGAGCACUACAAUCAACCUCAUUCUCUGGAUCUUGCCCUGAAGUACUGCAACUAUUUCUUCACCUCCACUUUUGUGCUGGAAUCAGUACUCAAACUCAUCGCCUUUGGUGUUCGCCGCUUCUUCAAAGACAGGUGGAACCAGCUGGACCUGGCCAUUGUGCUUCUGUCAGUGAUGGGUAUCACCCUGGAGGAGAUUGAGAUCAGUGCUGCCCUGCCCAUCAACCCCACUAUCAUCAGGAUCAUGAGAGUACUGAGGAUAGCACGAGUGCUGAAGCUGCUGAAGAUGGCGACAGGAAUGAGAGCCCUGUUGGAUACGGUGGUCCAAGCCCUGCCUCAGGUGGGUAACCUGGGCCUGCUCUUCAUGCUGCUGUUUUUCAUCUACGCCGCCUUAGGAGUAGAGCUUUUUGGAGAACUUGUUUGCAAUGAAGACUACCCAUGUGAGGGUAUGAGUCGUCACGCAACUUUUGAGAACUUUGGCAUGGCCUUCCUUACCUUAUUUCAAGUCUCCACGGGCGACAACUGGAAUGGCAUCAUGAAGGACACAUUGCGGGAAUGCCCACCAGACCACGGCACUGAUGUGGACUAUGCCUGCAAUCCGAGCCUUCAGUUUAUCUCGCCUAUGUACUUUGUCUCCUUCGUGCUCACCGCCCAGUUCGUGCUCAUCAACGUGGUGGUGGCCGUGCUGAUGAAGCACCUGGACGACUCCAACAAGGAGGCCGCAGAGGAGGCGGAGAUGGAUGCAGAAAUUGAGCUGGAGCUGGCCCAGGGCACCCUCUGUUGCAUGGGCGCCCCCACUUGCGGGGGUGGGGGGGUAGAGAAGGGACUAGUCGCUGCUGCUGGAUCAGGGCCUGGAGGCACAGCAGGAGGGAGGGACAGAGGAGAGAGGGGAGAGGGAGUGAGGAAGAUGCGACACGCAGCAGCUGCUGCACUCCAAGGACCAUACAACUCCCGCAACUCCAGUCGGACCCUGUACUCACCAGCACAAGAGAGCCAGUGGCUGGACAGUGUAUCUCUCCUGAUCAAGGAUACGUUAGAGGGGGAGAUGCUGAUGAUCGACAACCUCUCCGGUUCUGUCUUCCACCACUACUCCUCUCCUCCACCUAUAUGCAAAGACUGCAAGGGCCACCCACAAGAGAUCAAGAUGGCAGAGAUUGAGCAGGCGUCGCUGAAGUCGGAGCAACUGUCAGAUAAGUCCUCGUCCCCUGCCCUGCCAGAUGACCUCAGCCUGGACGAACAUACGGCCUACCAGCUGCUGGCGCGGGAGGGCAAGGGAAGGUGCAGCAGUGAUUCCCGUAGCUCUGAGGAGGCUGGAGGUGUCGGAGGCCACCAGACUCAUACAGUAGUGCAGAGCCAGCCCUGCAGGGCCCUCUGCACCGGUGUUGAGAUGGAAACCACACUACAGGAGAUGGAGAUGCAAACACACCAGACAAAUAUGUGCUCAACGCACUGCAGCCCUGAGUUCUUCCACCCUGCAGCAGCAGUCAUCCCGGCGCCUCCCCGCAGCAGGAGCCUGAGGUUGACAAGGGGCCUCAGGCUGACCUCCCCAGCCUCCUGGGCUUCGCUCCGCUCCCCAGGAGCCCAUAGCAAGAUGCUGUGUACACAGUUCCCCUCCCACAGUGACUCGUCCCUCGCUACAGGCAGCUCUGAAGGCAGCCUCCAGACCACCCUGGAAGAAGGACUGAGCUUCAGCAUCUCUCCUCCACAGAACUUGGAGCUGCCAUUGCCGACAGCUCCUUUACCAGUUGUGUGCCCCCUCCCGAUGCCUGAAGACAGGACUAUCCUUUCCUCCCCGGUGCAGACCCUGAGACCGAGGCCGAGCCCCUCAUCGGCUCUAACCCUCCAGGCCACCAGGGGCCACCAGCGGAGCCAGAGCAGCGGGCGAGGUAGCACCAGCCCAGGCUACACCCGCGACGACUCGAUUGACCCUUCAGAUGAGGACCUGGGUAUAGGCAUUGGAUCGUCUAUUGGCGGUUGUGGCUCCAGCCAAGCGGGCAACAGUGAACACUUGUCAGAGACACUGAGCAGCUUGUCGUUGACAUCACUGCUGUCACCCAGCUCCCUGGUGUACCCGGGAGGAGCAGUGAAGAAGUGCAACAGCACAGGCAGCCUGGACCAAGGGGGGAUGUUGCUGUCGUCCCGGGGCAAGGAGGGCCGCAGGGAGAUUCUGGGCCUGGAGCUUAUGGACCCCCAGGGCUUCUUGGCCAACCCCUGGACAGGGGUCUUAGUUGACACGAGAAGAGGAGACGGAAGAGGAGAAAUAGGAGAUGGAGAGCAAGGAUUCAAAGGGAAGAGCUCAAGCCAAACAACAGUAGGGCCUUGUCGGAAAAACAGAUGA